ACGGUCGGCAAUGGGACUUUCAUCUCCUGCUAUACAGAGUACUCGCUCGUGCCGAAGACCAUCUCUCAGCAAUGGCUCGACCCGGUUAUGUGCUGUGAGCGAACAAUCGGCAAAAUGCAUCUGAAGUUAAGUGAAGUGAAGCCGAAGUAGCGAGAAGCGGCGUGAAGUGAAGCAAACGAUGAUGGGAACAAGCAGCCAUUUUGUCGUGCAGCAAACUGAGCGACGCGGCUCGUCCUUAACAGCGGAUACAUCAGCGCUGUCUACUUACCACCAUCGUCUGCAGUUCUCCGCACUGACUGCACAGGACAUUCGAACAAGAUGGCCGAAAUGGAGCAACAGAAGCACUCUGUUGUCGAUCACUUUCGCGCCGCGUGUGCCGCUCAGAAGCAACAAGCCGACCAGCUGAAAGGAAAGCCACGCAACCAGCUGCCUUUCCUGAGCAGGGAUGCAAUUCUUCAAACUCUCAAGGCUGGCCACGAGCAACAAUUGCAGACGGCGGACUCUGCUGAGAACAGUCUACAUGUCUUGAUCGUUGGGCAUCCUUACCCAGCAUGCUCCAAGUCAGUACGAGAACUCGAUUGUACGCUCUCAAUCAAGGACAUGCUUCUCGAGACCCGGCACGAUGGAAGGGCCAUCAUCUUACGCCGCUUCGGUUCCGUUGUCACGAAUGCUGUCGGAGGCACAUACGGUGUGGAGGAUGCUGAGGGAACCACCGAGCUGCUUCUGGUAGAUGCUUUCAACUUUGCCGGAGACGAUAUCCUUCCGGCUGGCGCAGCUUUCGCCAUCAAGGAGCCUUUUUGCAAAGUCGAUGGCAGGGGCGAUGCUCGCAUCAAGGUUUCUCACCCGACCGAUUUGGUUCUUUUGGACCCUGUGGAUCAAGUGGUCCCACUUCAUUGGCGCAUCGAUGGACUUGCAGUGUCCGACGCUAUGGCCUCGACAGUGGUUCAGACAGACAUUGAGAUCACCGGAAGCGUCAAGGACCAUUCUGACGAGACUGACCAGACGGAAGUGCGUAGCACUCCACAAGCGGGACGAGGGUUGUUCGCAGCAAAGUCCUUCAAGCUCGGGGAUCAGAUUCUCGCUGAACGCGCAGCAUUCUUGAUGUCCGUGAAGGAUGACAACACUUAUCACGCUCUCAAAUAUGACCUGAGCAGGAACAUGAUGACGGAUGAUCGUGUUGGUGCGCCUUACAAAGAGCUCGCACGAAAGCUCCUGCACGAUUCCACCCUGGCUUCCAAGGUGUUCGAUCUUUACUCAGGAGCUAUCACAGCGCCCUGCGACGCUGAGAUCCGCGUCGAUGGCAAGCCUGUUCUCGAUAUCUUCCAUAUUCACGAGGUAUGGGCCACAAACGCGAUUGCAUGCCCGGUAUCUGUUGAGGACAAGGCAUUUCCCGGCCGCCUCUCCGAGGACAUCGCAUCAGCUUCAGGGCUGUGGUGUCGCACAGCCUACUGCAAUCACUCCUGCAUGCCGAACGCAGAAAAGAGCAUCAAGAAUGGCGUGCUGACCCUACGAGCAACUCGCACCAUAAAAGAGGACGAGGAGAUUACCAUCUCAUACGGCGAAUUCAGCAAUCUGGCCGAGAAACAACGCGCUCUCUACCGCAUCUGGGGCUUCAAGUGCGAGUGCGAGCUAUGCAGAGCAGAGGGGCGUGACACAGAAGAUCUCUUGAACCGCCGCGAAGCUCUCCGGGCUCGAGUCUCUGCUCCAUUGCCCGCGAAGCUCGAUGCCGCUUUGGUCUCCGACUCGAAAGCUCUGGUCACUGACGCUGAAGCAACAUAUGCCGAGUACGACGACAAUACACUGCCACGUCUUGUCGUAGCAGAAGCAUACUCUCGCCUUUUCGCAAUCUAUUCCAAGCUACUCGAUUUCGAUGCGGCCGAGAAGGCCCUGCUCAGCAUGCUCAAAGCCCUUGCCGUUCUUGACUUGUCAUCAGCAGGAGAGGUCGUCCCUCUGGGUGGCAAUCUGGAAGAGAUCACAGUCACGAAUGUCCUCCUUCUUGCGGACUUGCAGAAGAAAGCUGAUCAGGAAAAGGUGGCACAGAAAUUGGAGGAGUUUGCUCAGAAGGUUUACUUGACGCUUAACGGCGAUAUGAGUGGCUUCGAAAAGCUUGUCCUGCCCGUCAUCCCAAGCUACGUCGACAACGGCGGAGAAAAGUGAGCAGGGGCACCCGUUGAGCCAUGGCACCAAGCUUCUAUCAGUAGGUGUGAUCAUGGACUUGCUGUGCACUUAUGUGCUUCACGGCGACGCUUCCGAAAUAAGUAGCUGUGUAUUCGCUACCAAUAAUAACAUAACGCUACAAGGACUCAAGGUCCAUUUCAGUUCUCCCACUGUUACUAGUUUGCUCUUUUGUCUGUUCUGACGUUUGUGAAAAAGUACGAAAUAACCUUACCCUCGGCUACUGUUCUUCAUGCUUACGGACAGCUUGCAAUUCUUUCUUGCUAGAGCACAACAUUGACCAAAGCUCCUUCCGUGGACGAAGUUGAUCGCGCGAAGUGAUCUCGAAAUGUGCUGCGGCGGGAUUUCUGUGUGCUGUCAGCCCUUGCCGCUGUCGCGGAGUUGACAACUGUCGCCAACGAUCAGCUUGUUGCGAAAGAAUCACAUCUUUUC